AUGUCCCUCGCCUCGCUCGUCCGAUUCCUCGCAUUGAUCCCAACGAUAUUCCUCCUCUCUUACCCUGGAGCCCUCUACCCCUACUCCGACCUCUUCUCGCACAUCGUCACAACUCGUGACGACUGCCCACCAUGGACUGCCGAACUCGAAACGUAUUACAAGACGUUCCGCCUUUAUGUCUGGUACUAUCUCGGUAUCGACGACGGGUAUGAUAAUGACGCGCUGAAGGCAGCGCAGGAGCGAGCGGAGGCAUUGAGGAAGUCGCAGAUGUCGCGAGAAGCCGACGACGGCGCUUCCCUAGCGGACCUCGAGUGGGCGAUUGAGCUCCUCACGACACGGUGCCGAGUGCGCUGGGACAGGCUCUACGGACUUCAUGUCGUUCGCCAGAAGUACUUCGACAAUCAACGACAGCUGCAUCCCGCUGCCGACUACCUGGAGCUUACGCAGAUGUUGCCUUGCGAUGCGGAAGUCAAGUCGCCGAAAGCCGCUCGGCAGUCCCUCUGGCCCAUCCCCAUCAAACUUCCAAGGAAUCCUGAGCUGAUCCAUGAGGACAAGAUGAUCUGCUUGCGCAACAGCGGCGUCGACUGGAGCGAGUACGCCUUGCCGGAUCAGCCGACGGGGACGUCUGAGCCGGCGAGGCGGCGUAUCGAACGAGGGGUACCGGCGAUGGAGGAGACUGUCGCUGAGCCGGACGCAGACGUGCGCGCCAUCGAGAGCACGACGACGCCUCUCCUCAAUCAGUUGGACAGAGACGCCCGCUCCAGCGGCUUCUUCUCGACUUUUGGCAGCUUCUUGCGACGGCGGCACCUUUAA